GGCAAACUUCAACCACACUUAUUGUGGCCCUCGCUCCCUGCAGCUUUGUCUCGCGUAGCUUGCCCUCUCGUCGCACUUCAGCUUUCUAGCGCGCCCAAUACAUGUCCAACCACACUCACGACAACCAUAUUAUGUGGCGUAAUAACGAGUCCAAGGUUGUCCACGCUUCGUUCCUGUCCAUGCUCGCCGACACCCGCUCCACGAUGAUCCUGAACAUCACCGAGUGCUCCAAAGACAACAAAGAAGCCCAACUGCAAAAACAAGGGAAACACGAGCGCCGACUAUGAUGCUCUUCAGUCGCUAAGUGACCAUCGAGCCUGCGCUGAACGUAGGCUGAUAGACGUCUGGAAGGGCGAGGCGCGCCGACACGGGCAGCGCCCCCACCAGAUCGCGCGCUGGAUCCGGCGCAAGGCGGGGCCCAACAUCUGCGUUUGGCGCCGCCUGCAGGACGGGAGCCUGGGCUGCAGCGUUCCGUGUGUGUGCUGCCGCGUGCUGCUGAGCUCGCUUGACCUGCGAGUGAGCUGUGUGCGCGAGGACGGCGAGUGGUGGGAAGGCAAGCUCGACGACCCAGCAGCACCUCGGAGCAAGCCCACCACGGGGCAGAGGCACAAGCAUAAGUUUGUGUCGCGGCCGAAGGAGGCAGAGGAGGAGGCCGACAGGCCGCAGCCGCAGGGUCGGGCGCGGCAGGAGCCGCAGCGGGAGCGGCGGGAGCAGCAGCGAUAGCGGGCGGAGCAGUGACUGCACCAGUGUUAGUGCUGCAGCUUGCCAGCUGGCUUCAUUGAGAUCAGGUCCCAACCCUGCUUUUGGAGAUUCCUUUUGUGUGCGCUCAGCGUGUGUGUUUGUGUGCACGCUUCGUCUGUGAAGUCAGGUUCAGCAGCUGCAUGGCCGCCGGCGCUAUAAUUGUUUCGCCUGACGCCUAUCGGGGUGUGGACGCAUGGACUAUGUGUGCAUCGUGUGGUCGAGUAACAGGACAUGGAGACAUGCAUGAUGCGGGUUCUCGUGGCUGUGCGAAUUGGACAUGGGAGCCCAUGUGUACAACUUGGAGAUGCAACAGGCGAGAAUCCAUGGCAACGGUGCUGGCAUUUUUGCGAUACUGGCGGAGCAGCAGGCGGCUUUCCGUUGUCGGUGCCGCGCUUUAUGGCUUCAGGAGACGCAAGUUAUGGCUAAUGUUGGCUGGUAAGCUUGAGGUCGAUGUCGAGGAGCAAGGCGUAGAACCAGGCCGAAUAGGCGGCAGGGAGAAGCGACAGGGAGAAAUGCGUGUGUGCCCAGUUUGUGCUCAACUAGCCAUGAAUGGUGCAA